UCGUGCGCCAGUCUUCUUGCAGCGGACUGGGAGCCGGCUGCUUGUUGCAGUGCGCGGUGCGAACCAUCACACGCGAGUUCGCGGUCAUAGGCUCGAACGAACAUCGAAUUCGACGGUCAGUGCGGUGACCAUGAUGAUGGACAACGGGUUGAUAACAAAUAAUUAUGAAUAUGGGGACGGGUACAUGGAACAGGAGGAGGAGUGGGAGCGCGAAGGUCUCCUAGACCCGGCUUGGGAGAAGCAACAGAAAAAGACCUUCACAGCAUGGUGCAACAGUCACUUACGGAAGGCUGGCACUGGCAUCGAAAACAUCGAAGACGACUUUCGUAAUGGCCUCAAGCUCAUGCUGCUUCUGGAGGUGAUCUCCGGCGAGACCCUGCCCAAGCCCGACCGCGGCAAAAUGCGCUUUCACAAAAUCGCCAACGUCAACAAAGCCCUGGACUUCAUCGCCUCCAAAGGCGUCAAAUUGGUAUCAAUUGGUGCUGAAGAAAUCGUUGACGGCAAUCUCAAGAUGACCCUUGGUAUGAUCUGGACCAUUAUUCUGCGAUUCGCCAUCCAGGACAUCUCAGUGGAAGAAAUGACCGCUAAGGAAGGUCUCCUCCUGUGGUGUCAACGCAAAACAGCACCUUACAAGAACGUGAACGUCCAAAACUUCCACCUGUCCUUCAAGGAUGGUCUGGCGUUCUGUGCCCUUAUCCACAGGCACAGACCCGACCUCAUCGACUACAGCAAACUCUCCAAGGAUAACCCCCUGGAGAACCUUAAUACAGCCUUCGAUGUCGCUGAGAAGUACCUCGAUAUCCCCCGCAUGUUGGACCCCGACGACCUAAUAAACACACCAAAGCCGGACGAGCGCGCCAUAAUGACCUAUGUGUCAUGUUACUACCACGCUUUCCAAGGCGCGCAACAGGCUGAAACUGCCGCGAACCGCAUCUGCAAAGUUCUCAAAGUCAACCAAGAGAACGAACGCCUGAUGGAAGAGUACGAGCGUCUUGCCAGUGACCUACUGGACUGGAUCCGUCGCACGAUGCCCUGGCUGAACAGCCGCCAGACCGACAACUCGCUUGCCGGGUGCCAGAAGAAACUGGAAGACUACCGUACUUACAGGCGUAAACACAAGCCUCCUCGCGUAGAGCAGAAGGCCAAGCUUGAGACCAACUUCAACACCUUGCAGACCAAGCUGCGCUUGAGCAACCGCCCCGCGUACAUGCCCACCGAAGGCAAGAUGGUUUCUGACAUCGCUCAAGCAUGGAAGGGUCUGGAAAUCGCUGAGAAGGCAUUCGAAGAAUGGCUACUCAGCGAAAUGAUGCGCCUCGAGCGUCUGGAGUAUUUGGCCCAGAAGUUCAAGCACAAGGCUGACAUCCACGAAGACUGGACCAGAGGAAAGGAGGAAAUGUUGCAAUCUCAAGACUUCCGUCAGUGCAAGCUGUACGACAUCAAGGCUCUGAAGAAGAAGCACGAGGCGUUCGAGUCCGACCUCGCCGCGCACCAGGACCGCGUCGAACAGAUCGCCGCCAUUGCCCAGGAACUCAACACACUGGAAUACCACGAAGUAGCGAGCGUGAACGCCCGCUGCCAGCGCAUCUGCUCGCAGUGGGACCGGCUGGGCGCGCUGACGCAGCGCCGCCGCCACGCGCUGGACGACGCCGAGCGCGUGCUCGAGCAGAUCGACCUGCUGCACCUCGAGUUCGCCAAGCGAGCCGCGCCCUUCAACAACUGGUUGGACGGCACCCGCGAGGACCUGGUGGACAUGUUCAUCGUGCACACCAUCGAGGAGAUCUCCGGCCUCAUGGACGCGCACGCUCGCUUCAAGUCUACCCUUGGAGAGGCCGACAAGGAAUAUCAGGCGAUAGUGAACUUGGUACACCAAGUGGAAUCCAUCGUAAAGCAACACCAAAUCCCUGGCGGAUUGGAGAACCCCUACACUACUCUUACUGCUCACGAGCUGAACCGCAAGUGGUCUGACGUGAGGCAGCUGGUUCCCCAACGGGACGGCACUUUGGCGGCCGAGCUCCGCAAGCAGCAGAACAACGAGACUCUCCGCAGACAGUUCGCGGAGAAGGCCAACGCCGUCGGGCCCUGGAUCGAGCGGCAGAUGGACGCCGUCACCGCCAUUGGAAUGGGCUUGCAGGGCUCGCUGGAAGACCAGUUGCACAGGCUGAAGGAGUACGAGGCAGGCGUGUACGCGUACAAACCACAUAUUGAGGAGCUGGAACGCAUCCACCAGGCUGUGCAGGAAGGCAUGAUCUUCGAGAACAGAUAUUCGCAAUACACAAUGGAAACUCUGCGCGUGGGCUGGGAACAAUUGCUUACUUCCAUCAACCGCACCAUCAACGAGGUGGAGAACCAGAUCCUGACGCGCGACUCCAAGGGCAUCACGCAAGAACAGCUGACGGAGUUCCGCUCUUCGUUCAACCACUUCGACAAGAACCGCACAGGCCGCCUAGCCCCUGAAGAGUUGAAGUCGUGCUUGGUGUCGGUGGGCUACAGCAUCGGCAAGGACCGGCAAGGAGAGCUGGACUUCCAGCGGAUACUCGCCGUCGUUGACCCCAACAACACCGGAUACGUAUCGUUCGAUGCGUUCUUGGACUUCAUGACGAGGGAAUCAACAGACACGGACACCGCUGAACAGGUCAUCGACAGCUUCAGGAUUCUAGCUGGUGACAAGCCGUACAUCACAGCCGAGGAGCUGCGCCGCGAGCUGCCGCCGGACCAGGCGGAGUACUGCGUGGCGCGCAUGCCGCCGUACCGCGCGGCCGGCGCCCCGCCCGGCGCGCUCGACUACAUGGCCUUCUCCACCGCGCUCUACGGCGAGACCGACCUCUAGACACAGGUUCGGGGUCAGCCAUCGGACACUGUCGACCAUCCACCAAAUGGAAGCACUGCUGCGCUCUGCUAACUAACGAGUCUUCUUGGAGCCGGCGAUCACCACACACUUAGAUAACUUUACAUCAACUGUUACAAAACACACUAAAUGGUUAAUGUAUCGCAAAUUAUCUUUGUGUUAACAGUUCUGUUAAAUAUGUGCAAUGUUCAAACCAAAAAUGCCAUUAACUUUCAUACAGUAAAACACUACUCCCUAAUGUUUAGUAACCUUUUGGCUCAAAUCGGAGAACCAUUAUAUGUUUACAACUCUCUAUUUAUACAUUAGCAUUAGGUAAUUUUUAACUUUUAUAUGAAAUUCUCAGGGAAGUCACAACUUAUUUGUAAGAUAUAUGGUGCUAAUGUUAGGCUUGACUAAUGUGUGACACCAAAAUAAGACUCAUUCGCAUUGUGAGAAUGUUUUGUUAUAUUUUUUUAUUUAUAAGCAAACAUUAUUUAUACAAGUUCAAUUUUUAAUUACUGCCAUUAGUAAUUAUAGUACUUCGAAUGUAGGUACUAAAAGUUAAGUUGUCAAAAUUUAAAAAUGUUGCAGGGAAGUGUCACACAAAUUAUAUUAUUUAUAUAUCACAUAAAAUGCCAUAGCUUGCCUGCAUCUAUUUAUUAUCAUUUUGGAUAUCAUUUUUAUAUUAUUUUAGUUGUGAGAGUAUUUAGGAAAAAGUACUCAAAAUAAAAUGAUCUGCCAUA